GUAAUGUCUAGUGUAUCGACGCUCUUACCGUAAUGUCUAGUGUAUCGACGCUCUUACAGUAAUGUCUAGUAUAUCGACGCUCUUACAGUAAUGUCUAGUAUAUCGACGCUCUUACAGUAAUGUCUAGUAUAUCGACGCUCUUACCGUAAUGUCUAGUAUAUCGACGCUCUUACCGUAAUGUCUAGUAUAUCGACGCUCUUACCGUAAUGUCUAGUGUAUCGACGCUCUUACCGUAAUGUCUAGUGUAUCGACGCUCUUACCGUAAUGUCUAGUGUAUCGACGCUCUUACCGUAAUGUCUAGUGUAUCGACGCUCUUACAGUAAUGUCUAGUAUAGGCUUUUGAAAGUGAAAGUGAAAGUCUGAGAGCUGAAAGUAGUUCUCAGUGAAGGCGGCUCGCGCACGGUGGACGGCUCGGAGGAGGAAACACGCACCAAACACACACUUACCAAUGAGAAUGGGCGGCGUGGCCGGAUCGCCGGAGGCCGUUGGACCGGGCGCCGGGCGGCUGCUGGCGAGGAUGCUGAGGCUCUUCAGACCGGACGCCUUCCACCUGGUCGCAGCCUUCAGCUUCCUCAUCUUAGGGGUCGUCUGCGACACGUUCAUCCCUCUGUAUCAGGGCAAGGUCAUCGAUAUGCUCAGAGGUCAAGCGCUUCAAGACGGCUUCUGUUACGCAAUCGGACAGCUGGCUCUCGUCUCCGUCGGAAGCUCUCUGUUCUCCGGCGUGAGAGGAGGACUAUUCAUGUGCGCGCUGAGCCGACUGAACAAGAGGCUGAAGCGCCUGCUGUUUCACACCCUGCUGCAGCAGGAAGUGCACUUCUUUGAGGAGAACAACCCCGGGGGCCUUUCGUCCCGCCUCCACUCCGACGUGGACCGGAUGGGCCGCACGGUGGCGCUGAACGCCAACACGCUGGUUCGCAGCACGUUCAAGAGCGGCCUCAUGCUCGCGCUGAUGUGGGGGCUGUCCUGGGAGCUCACGGUGCUCACCUGCCUGGAGAUGCCCCUGCUGGCCGUCAUGCAGAAGAAAUACAUCGCCUCGACCAAGGAGCUGAAGGAGCAGGUCCAGGACUGCCACGCUCAGACCAGAGACCUGGCCCUGCAGACCUUCAGCGGGAUCCGCACGGUGCGCGGCUUCAUGGCGGAGGGAGGAGAACAGAGGCGGUACGACGAGGCUCUGGGCCGCAUGUGCGCCGUGAAGACGCGUUCGGGGGUCUACAGCGCCGCCUUCCUCUUGAUACGGAGGCUGGUGAGUCUGGGCAUCAAGGUCCUCAUGCUGGUCCAGGCCCGCGCCCUCAUCUCCUCGGGCCAGCUCGGCAUCGGGAGCCUCAUCUCCUUCUUCUUGUACCAGAAGCCCAUGACCAACAACUUGAAGGAGAUCAUGUACUGCUACGGAGACACGGUGUCGAUGAUGGGCGUGAUCUCCAAAGUGUUCAGCUAUCUGGACCGGACCCCGAAGAGCCAGAAGGCCGGACGCUUGGCCCCCGAGGAGCUGGAGGGAAGAAUCGUGUUCCGGGACGUCACCUUCCGGUAUCCCUCCGCCCCCGACGGCCAACCGGCUCUGAAGUCCGUGGACCUGGAGCUGCGGCCCGGGGAGAUGACGGCCCUGGUGGGGCCCUCCGGCAGCGGGAAGACCUCCUGCGUCGGCCUCCUGAAGCGGCUCUACGAGCCCCAGGGGGGCCGGAUCCUGCUGGACGGGGAACCGCUGCACCACUACCAACACAAGUACCUCCACCAGAAGGUGGCGCUGGUUUCCCAGAAUCCUCAGCUGUUUUCUGGUUCUCUGAGGUACAACAUGGCGUACGGCCUUCAGGGCUGCUCCGCCGAGAAGGUGGAGGAGGCGGCUAAGAAAGUCAACGCGGACGUCUUCAUCUCUGAAAUGGAGAACGGAUACGACACAGACGUCGGGGAAUGUGGCGGCGCGCUGUCAGAAGGACAGAAGCAGAGCGUCGCCGUCAUCAGAGCGCUGGUUCGAGAGCCGCGGGUCAUCAUCCUGGACGAGGCCACCAGCCACCUGGAUGUGGACGCGCAGCACGCCGUUCUCCAGGAGGUUCUGGCCCGCGGGCGGACCGUCCUGGUGGUGGCUCAUCAGCUGAAGACCGCGGAGAAGGCGGAUCACAUCGUGUUCCUGGAGAAGGGAGUCGUGGUGGAGGAGGGCACGCACCGACAGCUCAUGGCCAGGCGAGGGCGCUACCACCGCUUGAAGGAGGAACUGUUCUCUCAACCCGGUGGAGGAAAGCUCAGUCAAUGAGGUUCUAAGAAAACUACAAUAUAUCAACAAUAUAUAUAAAAAAAGAUAUUCCUUCACCACGAAUUUAGAUCUUUACUUGAGUAAAAUGUAUAUUGUUGUAUUUCUACAUUUCUACAUUCUACAUUAACAAAAUAAUUUUUUUGGUUUGUUUUAUUUGUUUAUCAUAAUUU